AGUGAGGUAAGAGGAUCUUUAUUGCCCUCUUCCUUCUCUGCUAUACCAGCCCUAUUCUGUAGAUCCCAGUACUGAAAUUACUCCCUAUUUCCUAGCUUCAGGCAGAGCAGAGCACACCAUGCUAGGAAAAUGCUGCUUUUUUUGUCCUUCACACUGAGCUAGUAUCAGUUGUUUUUCGGUGUGACUUCCCAUUGAUAUUUUAAAACCUUAGCUCUGUGUGACUGGCCAAAAAUAUGGUGCUAAUUUGUCCUUGAAUAUAUUUGAUAUUUUAUUUCCUAUAUGGUGUCAUGUUCUGUCUCACUGACCUAUCAUGCAUUGACCUAGUCACAGAAGUGUAAUAAUAGCAGAUUUUAAUGAGUACAUUAGUAUUUGAUGCUAAAAAGACUGUACUCACUUAGGUUCAGACUUAAGUGAGACUUAGUCCCUGGUUGCCCUGCUGAGAAAAUAUGUGCACUUGGUCAGUGCUCUUCAUUCCUCAUCCAGCACAGGGAGUAAUGAUAGGACUGGAAAGUCUCGCAAAGACAAGUUGUGCUUUGUUUUUAGGUGGUAAAGCAGAGUAACAGAUGACACUGGUCUCUGAUACUAAAAAAGGGAUUUCUGCCUUGUAAUUUUGUACUUUCCAGGCCUUAAGUGUAGAUGGAGAGAUGAAAGCAACUACUGAGCAAAGCCACAGCAGAAGUGGGGUGUGCAACCAAGCUGGUUUUGGCUUUGUGACCCUUUUUGUGCUUGUCCUGUAGAGCCAAUUUGCACUGCAUGUGUGGAGGGUCCCCUGACAGCAGAGCCCUUGCCUUGGCUCCUGCUUCCCCUGGAGACCCUGCUUUAAAGUUCUUAAUUGUAUCACUGGAGGGAAGAUACUUCCCUGCCACCUGUAAAGCUAAACCAUAAUUAUACUGAAGGGUCAAUGGUAUUUUAAGUCAGUGUACCAUAGCAGAAAGUAGAUUCUCAGGAGAGACUAUUUAAUCUGGCUCUCUUAGAGAAGAUGAUUUUUGCCUUUUUUUCCUGAAGAGGUUGUGCCCUAGCCAAAUUGGUCUCUGAUCAAGCUUCCCCAUCCUCCUUGGAGGGAUGGUUUCUGCUUUUGUCCCUCAGAAUACUUUAGGGACCUAAUUGCUCAAAAGCACCCAUUUCUUUUUGGCCUGUCUUAUGUAAAGCUAUUACCUGUCAAAUUGAAGGUGGGGUAUCCAUAAUUGCAGUUUUUAAAUAUUUUUUUCCUAUCCUAUUUCUUUCCUUUCAAAGCUUUUUAAAUUCUUCAUUCGUAUUGCACGUACUGAGCUUUUUUCAUUGCAUUUUCAGCCCUUUCCUGCUAGCUGGGUCUCUAUCAGCUUCCUUACUGGACAGGCUGUGCCCUGGUAUAGUCCCUUCCAAAUCUAGUGAAUAACAGAAAUCCCCAGGGUCAGAGGCUUGGGAUGACUCUGCUUGUUACUUGCAGAAACCUUUGGCCACAAGACCUGCUGAACCACUUGAAGUGUUUGCAUGAAUGAAUGGAGGGUAGUGUAAAUACAACUGAGCAAAUAACAUUUGCUCAGGUUUGUUAAAUGCACAUUGCUUCUCCCUGUGCUAAAGGACUCUUGCAUCGAUAGAGGGAUCAUAAACGGGAGUUGUGGACAUAAAGGCUUGUUAAUAUUUGAUGCUGCUAUUGAGCAGUGGGCAAACCGGCGAGGACCGUGGUUAAAUUAAUGCUUUCCUGUGGUGGCUUGGUCUGUUGCUGAACAGCAUCCGCCCUGCCCUACCCUUGCUGGGGAAUGCCGGCCGGGCCGUGUUGACAACUCGGUACAGCGCACAGGAGCAGCUGGCAGGCGUGAGGCAGUGUGGGGACUGCUCUGUUGUCAGAAGCCUGCACAAAGGAGACAUUGUGCUUUGCCCUAGCCACCUGCUGAAUGAGCCUCUCGGCUGCUCCUGUUGCCUUCUGCAGAAGGCAAGUUUUCAUUUUUGAGUGCCGUUUUCUUCAAGAGCCUUGUGCGUGUAGGGGGAGUGUGUGGGUGUGACCAGCUCCAGUCUGUUUUCUGGGAUCAGCAGCACUUUCGGCUCCCCAGCGGUCUGCCUCCCCUUUAGGAGACUUUGCUUUGUAGUGCAGGCAGUUGUUUUCCUGGCUGUUGUUACCUGCAGCAGAAACACAGAGCCAGUUGGGGAUAUGGUUUGAAGCUGAACUUCCCUGUUACAAUACCUCGUGCUUGCAUCAUGAACUACAAUUCUCCUCCCUGCAGGGCAAAAGCUGGAGCUGCCAUUCUUCUCCAGGUCUCUUCUGCCCUGUUUAGGGAGCCUCAGUCUGACCAGGAGUCCGCUCCCAGCAGCAUGUGGUGCUUUCUGCCCCAGGGGAGCUGCUGGGUGCUGUUCCGUGGGUGGAGGGUGAUGCUGGGUGCUGCACCUGCGGGGCAGUGCUGGCAGCCUGUGGUGGCACUCCCUGCCCAGAGACGCUCGGAGCCAGCCAUGCAGGGGACGCUGCCCGUGGGACACAGUGGCUCUGCUGCCUGGCCAGCGUCUUGCCUGGCUGGGGAGCUGGUCUGCGUGUCCUGGGGGCUCUGGACACUGGCUGCACUGUGCUGGAUCACCUCCCGUUUGCUGCUGUCCUGCGGGUGCCCGGGGCAGGGCCGGCAGCAGGCGUCCAUCCUUUGCCUCCUGUACAGCUUCCUGGGCCACAUCUGCAACACAGUCGGAGCGCUGCUCGCCAGCCAGCUCAACAUCCAGAUCCUCACAGGUGCCUACAUGGCUGUGACUGACCUCAUCUGCUUCCUGCUUACCCUCUUCCCCCUGUGCUUGCCUGAGUCCCAGAGGCUAGCAGGACAACAGGGAAGCCCUGGGCUUUGUCCUGGGACUGCUCUCUGCCCUCCUUGCCCUCAUAGUCAGGACCCCCACACUCUCCAGAGCAGUAAGUAUCUGUAUGGUAUGGCUGCCUUUAUGCCCCCCAGUCCCAGGCAGGGCUUCUCAACCAUGAUGGUGACUCCUGCAACCCCUUGCAAAAGCCGUGGGGGGGAUGCGGGGUGCCCGUGCCCCCUUCACAGCCCCUCCUGGCUGUUCAGCCCUCAGGGCAGCUGCAGGGUUUGGCACAGCAGCCCCCUUCCCAGCAGGGUGCAAGGUCCCCAUGCUGGCUGUGGUGGUGUCCCCAGCUGGGGACGGGGUCUAUGGCUUCAAAACAGGCUCUGGGCUGCUCAGUGCAGGGGGAAGCCGUGUACACGGAGGUGGCUGUGGGCCACCCUCUGCUCGGCCACAGCCGGCGUCCUCUACGCAGCAGCGAUUGUCGCCCGUGACCAGCAGCCUGGGCACAUCCUGAGGGCCCUGCCCUGGCUCCUGAUCGCCCUGGGCUCAGCUGCACUGGACAUGGCUCUCCUGUUUGUCACCUGCAUGGCCAAGAGCCAGAUGGGCCAGCAGCUUGUACCAGAGGUCCCUGAUGCCUGGGCCCUUUUGGCUGGAGAGAGAGAGGAAGAUGACAGAAGAGCAGAGGAAGAAGAGGCUGCAAAGUGGGCCCCGCUCAACAUGUUUCCAAAGCCUAGGUCUGCACCCAGGAUGGUGGCAGCCAGCCACUGCUUAGACCUGAUGAUCAGGCUGGUGCAGCAGACUGGCCACGGCAUGGCAAGGCUGCCCGGGGAGGCACAGAUGGGUGCAGCAGGCCCUGUGCCGCCACAGCCCCUGACCUGCCCCCCACUCCCAGCCCUGCACUCUGGGCUCUCCUCACCCAGCUCCUCUGAUGCUACCUCCAUCAACUCAGAGCUCGAGUGGGACUUUGAAGACGUGAUGGUGCAGUGGAGCCAGCCCAGCCUUGCUGCUCAGCCUUGCUCUGUGCUGUGCCCAGGCACCUUCGCACAACCUGCAACCCCUUCAAGAUGCCCCGAGCACCCAUCCUCCCGUCUGAGCAAGCAGUAAACAGCAGAAGGUGCUGGCUGCUGGAAAGGAGAGUGCUGCCAGUUCCUGCAUUGUGGAGGUGAAUUUCUUGCCCUGGGAUGAUUUUGUGACUCAAUGUAUUGGGUGUAGACCAGAAGAAGCUGAAGAAACAUAGGAACCCAUUGAAAGGUCAGGAGUGAGCAACUAGUUUGGGCACGUUCAAGUGCAUUGGGCCAUGUUAGCACGGGUGAGGCUGCAGCUCCCCCAGGACACUGCAGCCCACAGUGAAGGAUUUGUUGCACAUGAAGUACUGGUUUGUCUCAAACAUCAUCUGUGUCUUUCAAACCCAUGUGCUGUGCCCUGCUGCCCCAGCCCCAGGAUGCUGGAGGGGAAGCCCUGGGUGGCCUGGACACUCGGCUGGAGCAAGAGGAUCCAGGAUGGGGACUUGCCUGGCUGCUCUCCUGCUCCUUUCUGUUACAGAGCACAGGGGAAGAGAAGAUCUUCCUGCACAGGAGAGUGGUGGAGAGCACAACUUGCUCCCUGCAGCUGGAGCUUAGCUCUUGCCCUAGAAUGGGUGGUGGUGGCUCCUACAAGGAGCACAUCAGGGGAAGAGCCUUUGCUAUAGACCUGGGCUGACACUGUCUUCCACAAUCUUUUCUGUGGUGCUGGUGGCUUGUAGCUGUCCCUCCUUCCCAAUGGCACAUAUCCUGCCCUGGCCUCUGGGUUCUGCUUCAGCUAAAUAAACUGGAAGGAAGAAAGAAAUGGGAGA